UUUACUUUGAUCGUUGUACACGGUUUUGCUUUUACUUGCAAAAAUUCAAAACAAAAAUGGCUUCAACGUAUUGCCAAUUCUGUGAAAAGGAUAAAUUUAAGUAUACUUGUCCUAAGUGUAACGCUUUGUAUUGUUCAGUGGCGUGCUACAAAGCACCGGAGCACUUGAAAUGUUCUGAAGAAUUUUAUAAGUCUUGUAUACAAGAAGACUUAACCACAUCUCAACCCAAUUCACGGGAUGAUAUGAAAAAAAUGUAUGAAAUUUUAACCCGAAUGCAUGAGAGCGAAGCUGGUCUCGAACCUGAUUUCAAUGAUCCAAUAGACUCUGACGACGAGGGAGUGGAUGCUGAAAAUUGCGCCGAAGUAGAUUUGGAUGAGGAUGAUGAGGAAGAUGUUGAAGAUAUCGCGACACGCUUACAAGAUGUUGAUAUUAAUGAUGCUGACGAAAUAUGGCAUAGAUUGACAUCAGAGGAGCGCUCGGAAUUUAAAAAGAUGGUUGAUUGUGGUGAAAUAAUGAAAUUAUUGCCUAGUUAUAAACCCUGGUGGAUGAAAUCAAAGGCCCCAAAAAUUGUAGAAGUAAGCUGUGACAAAAGCGAUCAAGCCGACAAUUCGAAUGUACCUGAAAUAGAAAAACAAAUUCCAAAGUUUUCCAGUAUUUGCAAAAAGCCUCCUUCAAGUUGCUUGCAUUAUAAUCUUUGGAAUAUCUUGACUUCAUACGGUUGCAUGGUACGCUAUUUCAAUGGUGAGCACUCUACCAGCCCAACCGAAGCCGUUUCACAUUUAGUAAAUCUAUGCUUAAAUCUAAAAUUUGGCACCAAUUUCGAAGAUGUCGAUGAUGCUAUUGUGUCUGUUGAAAUGGAAGCGUUGACUACUAAAAAUAUUGGCGUAUCAGCCAAUAAUGAAUUUACUUCGUUAACGACAAGUCGCGAUCAGCUAGAAUCUGAUGCGCGCUCGUUGAUGUCAUCCUGCUAUUACAAACUGGCAGCGCUCAGUGACAUAUGCCGCUUGAUGGUGUGCGCUAAAAACUAUCUAAAGCGUAAUAAGUCAACGCCUAACAGUGACUUUCACAAACUUUUCGCUAUUUGUAAUGGAAGCGUUGAGUUAGAUCGAAAGAAAUUAAUACACUUAAUAAAGAAAAUUGAGUUUCUAUUGUCAUAUGUAAAUCGCGAAAAUGAUGAACGGCUUGAGUAAUGCAAAUUAAAGGUUGUAUUUGGUGUAUAUAAAAAACUUAGAAUAAAUAAAGUUAAAAUUUAUAAAUUUA